CGUGAGUCUGCAGCGAGCAGUUGUUCGCUGUGGGGAGGGAGGGAGGGAGGGAGAGUUGUAUUCGCUGAAUUCGGAUUAGUUGGUCCAAACCCAUCAGUUCGAUUACAAGGAACGUGACUGAAUAAAGUUUGGAUUGCAGCACGAUGUCCGAUAGGAAAGCGGUGAUUAAAAAUGCUGAUAUGUCCGAGGAUAUGCAGCAGGACGCGGUUGACUGUGCGACCCAGGCGAUGGAGAAGUAUAAUAUCGAAAAGGACAUUGCUGCAUUUAUCAAAAAGGAAUUUGACAAGAAAUACAAUCCUACCUGGCACUGCAUAGUUGGCAGGAACUUCGGGAGUUAUGUCACGCAUGAAACAAAACAUUUCAUCUAUUUUUACCUGGGUCAGGUUGCAAUUCUUCUAUUCAAGUCAGGCUAAAAAAGAAAGGGGGAUAAACAUGAACUUGUGCACUGACGGUAGGAGCCACAGUCCCUUUAAUGGCUAAAAGGCUGCAUGGACUUUAUCUUCUGUGUAUAUGUAGCAGUAAACUUGCUUUAACGCCCACAAGGCUUUUUCUUUCUUUUCAUUGCACUGAAAUGGUUAACAGUGGCCUUUAAAUAUUAAAAAAUACCUGGAAUGGUUCUGCCUGAAGACCUGGAUUACUAGAAAUCUAUCCAGAGCAACUUUUAUUUUGUUUCAUUCAGAAACUCAUUUCACGUUUCUUCUCCACACCUCUCCACUCUUUUAACCCCUCCCGUCCCCCUCCCCCCACCCACACACACACACAUACCUACAAACUACCUUACCCCACAUCAAUUAUUUGUACACAGAAGAAUGCAGUAGCACUGCAGGUGUUGGGUGUGAGAUAUUUAUUGCUUUUCAUUUAGUUUUUUUUCAAAUAGCAGAAGAUAGCUAUUGUAUUGCCACUUUUUUUUGAUACACCAAUAUUCUGUGGCUAGGUAAGGUUUGUAGGUUUAAAGAAAAUCCGCUACAUAGAAACAUGAAAUGGCUGGCCUGCCAGAAAUGUCGAGAAUGGUUUGAUUGCACCUUAAUUGGGACAAAACCAACUUGUUUUUCCUUGUGCUGUAAUCUGCCAAAUGUGAAGAAGCCUUCAGUUUAAAAGAUCACUGUCAAACGUACAACAGUCAAAAGCUACUCUGAAAUGUAGAGCACUUAGGCAAGUUGUACGUUUUCCUAUUUUUGUUUCCCCCCCCCCCCCCCCCCGUUUUGCACGUUGAGGGAGAUUUUCACCAAACUGUCUGUGGUGUUUUGUCCAUUCUUAAACUAUCCUCCUUUCCCACCUGUAGCUCACUAAAAGGUUGCAAACUGAUCUUUGAUAUAAGCAAAUAUGUAAACAAUGCAAGGUGCUUAUAUUAAAUGUCAUCCCAAAUGAUGUCUAUGAAAUCUAAAUUUUUUCACUUCUCUUAUCCUGGUGUGUAUUUAUUUGUAUGUACAUAGCUUAUGAUUAAAAGCAUGGAAAAGCUUCAAUCCUGGUUCAUGCAUCUGAGCUAACUUAAUGUAUUUGCCAAUAAAUGGAAAGUGUCAGACCUCUGUCAGUUAUGGAAGUUGUCUUGAUGUCUCUUUUGUAGCUUAUGAUUAGAAGUAACAAAAUUUCCAUUCUUGACCAUUGUGGCUAUCUUGGAGUGUAAUCAGAUUUUGCAAGUAUGAUUUUUUUCCCCCUGCUUAUUAAAAGGGACUGUACACUACUGUAAACUAAUCUUUGGGGUAACUGUAAUCUUCAAGAUUUUAUUGCAGUGUAGCAACUUGCUUAAGAUUUGAAUGCAAGGUAUUAAUACUGCCAGCUUGAACCUUCCAUCCACCUUUUCAAUCAUAUGUGAGUAUCAGCACUUGAUGUCCAUCCUAAUUCCCCUGGUGAUGAGAUGACAUUGGGUGGGUAACUUCAAAUGCAUUCAAGUGGUCUACAAUUAGAUCCAACUCCCAAGGUAGGAAUGAAGGGAAAUGAGGAGAUGGUGGUGUUCACACAUGUUCACAAGCCUAUUUUAGAUUGAAGUGGAUGUGGAAGGGAUAGUCAACGUGUGGAGCACAUUCAUUCCUCUGUGCUUUGUCUUUCAAUGGGUUGAACCAAUUUAAUAUGUAUAUUGCAAAGAUCAUUAAGCUGCUUAGGGGUUGAGAUUGGUUUCCACAGGAUCAGCUGUACAAAGGGGCUACAUAACAUGAUUUAUUUGUAUUCUCAUUGUCUUUUUUUUCCCCAUCUGUAUUAUUUAAGAAAAGACUAUUCUGCAUAUCGGGGAGAGUAAUGGAUUUAAACGUGAACCCUGUCGAACUCUCAGUUACUGCUCCCUGAUGCAUAAAGGUUUAUUUAAUAAUUUUUGGAUUUCAACAUGUAUAAAUUUCAAAGCUAUCUGUAAAAAAAAAAGCAAUCAUUAGUCUAAUAAAUGUUCAGUAAAACAAA